GAACAUUUCCUGGUUUUCAUGUUUUGCCGCCUUUACGCUAUUCAAGUUAAUUUGUGGAUGGUGGAAUGAGAUAAUAACUUGUCAUGUAGGGGGUCAGUAUUUAUAAUUCCAGUAGUGAGGUCUUAAUAUUGCUCUUGGAUUCAAAGGAUUUCUGGUAUUGCAAUUAUGUGACUCCUAAAUUAUUUGAAGGGGUUGAACUUCUAAGCAAACAGAUUAGAUUUUUAAAAAAAAGUUUUACAUUUCAAAGGGAGUGUACAUUCUUUACAAAGACAUUGCAUUGUUCCCUUAAUCAGCUGCAGGUAAAGAAAAGCUGAAUUAAUUCAUUAAGAGUUGUGUUUUUAUCCUGUGUAUAAACACGUAUUAUCAGCUGUGAGCACAGCAUGAGUGUUUAACCCCAAUAUAUACUCAAGCUCAGUGAAUUUUAUAGCCUGUCUGCUUGCUUCCUUCCUCCAAACACUCGACUCAGUUCAAGGAAAUGGCUCCUCAUAGCACAGACUGCUGGCCCGCCUUUAUAAAAUGAUAACUAUACGCUGGUGGCUGUUCCUCUACAGUUUACAACCUGCUUUAUAGAGGCAAUGAAGGAAAUACUUGUGCUGCUGGUUCUCCUGACUGCCCAAACUACCAAGGUCUGCUCUCAGCCCUAUCACGCAGAUGCAGAUGGAAAGUGUCUCAACUCAACAACAGAGUAUCUGCUAGAUGGAUCUAACCUGUGCUGCAAGAAGUGCCACCCUGGACAGCGAGUGGUACAAGAAUGUACAGAAACGACUGAGUCUGUCUGUCGGGAAUGUCCAACAAACCAGUACAUGGAGAGUUGGAACUACUUUUUAAACUGCUUCAGCUGUCCCAAAUGCAAAAUAUCUAAAGGUCUGCAGGAGGCCCAGAGAUGCUCCUCUACCUCAAGGUCCAGGUGUGGGUGUCAGCCUGGAAAGUAUUGCAUCAUGGAAAUUGGUGGCAAACACUGCAAAGAGUGUGAAAAUUACAGUUCAUGCAAAGCUGGCUACGGAGUGUCUAGUCCAGGGACAGGAAACUCCAAUGUGAAGUGUGAACGGUGCCCCAACGGGACGUUCUCCGACAAAGUUCUGCAUCUUGAGCCCUGUCAGCCUCACACAAACUGCUAUGGGAGGGUUAUUGUCAAAAAGGGUGAUGCGACAUCAGACACGGUGUGUGGGUCUCCUGAUGCCAACAUGCAGUCACCAACCCCAACAAAAAAUCCCCCUACUGAAAUGCUGUUCACAACUACAACUACAACUACAACUACAACUAGACCUGCAACUGCAGAGAUGAGUACAGUCAUAGUGACCUCUACAACUCCACAAGGACCACCAGACUACACACUGUCCUUAAGCCCCUCUGUUUCAAAGAAAGUGUUCAACUAUUCCACAAAACCCCCUACACUGGACUCUUUGUUGCCUGCGGUCAUUGCCAGUGUUAUUGGAUUACUUUUUUUCAUGGCUGUCAUUCUUCUGGUACUUUGCAAGCAACACUGGAAGAAAGAUGCUGCAAUAUGUCAUCCUGAAGUGGAUGCAAAUGGAAAUUGUGAAAUGGGUGAUAAAAUCAAUCAGGGUUAUUUAAGGGAAACCCAGCCUUUAAUGACUUUAAUACCCAACAUGGAGUCCUUCAGCCCCCAGUCUAGUGUCCCCACACAGUCAUCAUCUCAGCCCACCAGCCCUCAGGACAUCAGACCCCUGACAACCAAUCCCGUCGUCAACAUCACUGUGCACAUAGGAAAUGGCUCCUGUGGAACCCCAACUGGCAUGCCUAUAGAGUCUAAACUCCAGCUUAGAGAAGAAGAGGAGUUGUUAAGCAUCCCGCAACAAGAAGCCGGAAAACAAUCACUGAUGUCAGUGCAGGAGAGUAAAAGCUAGACGCAUGAAGAGUCACAGGCAUGAGAGACUGACAAAUCUUUCUUUUUCUUUCUGUCAUGAUGCAACAUUGAAAACAGUUUUUAUGAGGAGAACAAGACAAGCUUGGUCUCAAUAUCAAAGGCAUCAACUCUCGAUGUGUUUAUAUGUAUAUACAGUAAAUAAAAAUGUAAUUAUAUAGCCUUGACUUCAGUGGUCUAGUGCAAGAAGUUGUACAAUAAAAAGGGAUAUAAAUGAUCAA